GACUCGCAGGUUCCUAGCAGGAGCAAAUGGUAGGUGGUGGUAUAGUAACUGAUACGGGAAACUUUGAAGGAAGGUUGGCAGUGAAUAUGUCUGUGUGAGUGUAUGUGUAGGUUUGUAUAUGAGUACAAGUGUCUGCAUGUGGAUAUACAUGCCUAAGUGCAGAGGGAGGCUGGUGGUGGUGGAGGUCAAUUAGGACAAGGUCAAUUCUAAAUGCUAAUGACACAUCCAAGUGGAAAUGUUGAGUGGGAAAUGGUUUAUGAUUCAGAACUCAGAAGACAAGUCUGGAUUGGAAACAGAUUAGAAAGCUAACAGCACAUGGAUGGUACCAUAUUUAAAUCCACAACAGUGGGUGGAUGAGGUGAAGUAGGGAGCUGGGUGGAGUUAUACUGAAAGAGUGUGGCCUGAGAAGGAAGGAGAAAUGGGGUGGGGGCUGCUUUUCUUGGGAGUUUUCUUCAAGGCCAACAAAACUAAGAUUAUUUCAAGGAGGGAUGAGCAGUGUUAAAUGUAGGAGAGAGUGGGAAUGAGCUGAGAAGACAUUUUUCUUUUCAUCUGGCACAUGGAGGUUGCUGCUGGCUCUGAUGGGAGCAGUCUCAGGCUGAGUGGGGCACAGGCCAGAUGGGCACAGGCCAGUAGUGGCCAUGAGGCCAACCACAGGGGACAAGCCUAAGACAACGCUGCUGGCAAGUUUUGUUUAAAAGGGAAAGCAACUAUGGCUGUAGCUGGACAAAAGGAAACUGAAAAAAGACAAAGAUAGGGGAGGGAGCAAGUUCACAUGCUAAUGAGAAUGAACCAGUAGAGAGGAGGAGACAGAAUGCAAGAAAAAUGGGGAAAUCCUAGAACAGUGAAGCAGGUGAGAGAGGGCUGCAUCCUGAAUAGAUAUCAAGAAAUGGGCCCUUGACAAGAACAUCGUUGUGUUCUCUGUUGCGCUCAGAUAGACAGGUCAGGUAGGGCUUAGGAGACAAAAUUAUAAAACUUGAAUCUCUUCCCCGCCCCCCACAAAAAAAAAAACCCUGCAAGGAGCUCUUGAGGAAUUGUAAGCAAGUCAGGUUUGCAUUCGCAAAAGAUUACUCUGGUGAGCAGCGUUGAGAGUGGAUGAGAGAGAGCAUCGCUGGCGGCAAGGAGUGCAGUUAAAGCAUUGAAGGCAGGAUGAGUUCAAGGGGUAUUUGAGAGAUGGAAAUGGUAGACUUUGGCUAGUGUUCGAUGAGGGUGGGGAGAGGAAGGUGUCCAGAAUGACUUCCAGGUUUUUCAACUGGGUGGCUGGUGAAUAUUAGUGCCAUUUCCAGAUAAUAGAAUAGCAAAGGAGAAGAUUUGCUGGGCUAUAGAUGAGUCCAUUUUUGAAUAAGCUCAGCUUGUGAUAGAAACAUCUAGAGGGGAGUUAGAAGGGUCUGGAGCUUGGAAGUGUAUUACAUGGGAUGGGGAAUGCGUCAUCUACAUGUAUGUGGUUAGCUAAGGACAUGGUGCCUUAUGUGGGCCUCAUGUGGGACUCUGCUAGCCUCAGUAUAACAGGAAGCCAUGAGAUCAUCUUGGAAUGGGACAUCAGCCCCAUUGGGGAUGGUAUCUUAUCACCAUUUUCAAGAUGCCACAGAUUCACAAACUUUAUAAAUUCACUGCGAAAGGAGCUGGAGGAGCUUCAAAAGGAAAAAGGGAUGGGACAAUGGACCAACUUUGUCAAGCUCUUCUUAGAAGAGCUCUUUGGUGUUUGAGGGAGGCUUAGUAGGCAGGGAGAAUCCAAGGACAAUCUAAGGGGAGGGGAGGCAGCUGAGCCAGAAAUAGUAGAGCACUAGUGAGGAAAACAUGUCAAUUCAGAAAUCAGUGUGCAAGGGAAAUAAAAUGAGGCAUGGCAUCUAAGCUCUGGAAUUUCAGCCUUUAAGACAAGAGUAGCCUUGAUAUUCUAAGAGUCAAGCAUCAUUCUAAAUACCAUGUAAAUAUUCAGUCACGAAAUGCUCUCCACAAUCUAAUGAAGUGGGUCCUAUGAUUAGUUUGAUAGGUAAGUAAGCUAAGACCUUGCCAAGGCUGUACAGCUGGUAUAUAGCAGAGUCAAGCUUCACACCCAGGCAGUGUUGUUUCAGAGCCUGUGCUGUAACCAUCACACGGAGAAGAAAAUUUUCAUGUAAAGACAGAUGCAAGGUAUUUAGAAAAGCAAACAUGUCAACUCCACAGGUUGUAUUUUCUUUAGAUUAAGUAGCAGCAGCUGGAGAUCAGGGAAAAGUGAUGGGCGUUCAGAAUAAAUGAAAGAUGACAGGAACCUUGGAAAAAGAUGCAACUCAUUAUAUGACACUUAUGGAAACCUGAUAAUGCCUGACAAAGACAGCAUUAAAAAACAUGCACCCAUGACUUCCCCCUAUGCACGAGGCCUGGGCUCAAGCAAGAGGGACACAGAGAUGACUGCGAGUCAGUGUCUGGCCUUGGGGAUCAGACAGGGACAUUUACAGGUGUGUGGGGCCCUCAAUGUCACCGUGUCCCCGGGGCCUGUGGUUGACUACCUGGAGGGGGAAAAUGCCACUCUUCUCUGCCAUGUCUCCCAGAAGAGACGGAAGGACAGCUUGCUGGCCGUGCGCUGGUUCUUCGCACGCCCCAACUCCCCGGAAGCCUUGAUGGUUAAGAUGACCAAGCUCCGGGUGGUGCAGUACUAUGGGAAUUACAGCCGCAGCGCCUUCCGGCAGAGGCUGUGCCUCCUUGAGGAGAGGCGCGGGGCACUCUACACACUCUCGGUUUUGACCCUCCGGCCAGCAGAUCAAGGGCAUUACGUCUGCAAAGUCCAGGAAAUCAGCAAGCACAGGAAUAAGUGGACCGCCUGGUCCAACGGCUCCUCAGCGACGGAAAUGAGAGUGAUUUCCCUCAAAGCUUCUGAAGAUUCAUCCGUUGAGAAAAAGAAAGAGACCUGGGCAUUUUUUGAAGAUCUCUACAUAUAUGCUGUGCUCGUGUGCUGUGUGGGGAUCCUCAGUGUCGUCCUCUUCACCCUGACCAUCAUCUGGCAGUCUGUAUUUAGCAAGAGGAGAGCCAGAGCGAGACAUUAUUUGGUGAAAUGUCCUCAGAACAGCUCAGGGGAGACCGUGACCAGUGUGACCAGCUUGGCCCCACUGCAACCCAAGAAGGGCAAGAGGCGGAAGGAGAAGGCUGACGUUCCUCCUGCAGUGCCUGCCAAAGCUCCCAUAGCUACCACAUUCCAUAAACCGAAGCUGCUGAAACCACAAAGGAAAGUCGCCCUGCCGAAGAUUGCCGAGGAGAACCUGACCUACGCUGAGUUGGAGCUGGUCAAACCCCACCGGGCUGCCAAAGGCCUCCCCACCAGCACUGUCUACGCCCAGAUCCUCUUUGAGGAGAACAAGUUGUAACGUGGCGUCCUCUUCUGUGGUCGUAUUUAAUGCCUGCCACCCCAGUUAUUUAUGAUAUCUUGGAAACAAAAUCCUUAUUUUUGUAUUUUACCUCGUGCCUUCUGUGUGGUGAGGAGCCCUUUUCCAGCGGCGUCCCAGGGGCCUUCGAGGAGAGGUAUGACACACGAGGUACAAGGCUCCUCUCCGUCAAAGAGUAGGGUCCACAGCCCUUGGACGAAUGUCCCGGGACAGGAUGUGUCUGGGUCUGAGCCCUGAGCAGUGUGAACUCUGAUUCUGAGAGCACCCAAGGAGAUUUUCUGCUGAGCCAAACCUCUUCAUGUUUUCUUCUCCUUUCUUUGGGUUUUAAUCUUUUUAAAAUCUUAUUUUAAUCUUCUGCUCUUCCUGUAUUUGUGAUACUAAGCUCAUAGUAUAUAGCUAGAGGAAAUGCCAUUAUAGGCCAAAGUGUGAGAUGGUAGAUAUGUACUAAUUGGUUUUUCAAAAGGUCAGAGAACAUUUCUAGGGCACCUCGAUCAGAGCAAACUGCUUAUUGCAAAUGGUCACUCAAGAUAGCAUCUCUUGUUUUAAAUAGAUGCACUGACCCUGGUGACUUUAAGGGCAGAGGCAGAUUGUGGGGAACUUUGAUGUCUAAGCUAACAGUCCACUGUCUCUAGAUACGCCAGUGCCCAUUUCUCCACCUGUGAUCACCCAAGGAUGCGGGGCGAGUAGCAUACCAUUCUAAAGGACACCUCCCCCUUCAGCACGGUGGGCUUAUAUUGCUAUAGAAACUCAUAUUCUCCAGAAAGUUCUUACUCACUGUUUUCCAAAGGAGCAAGGGAGGGAGCUAGCCAUCGAUGGACACACUGGAGGAAAUGGGCCUCUUGGAAGUGUGCCGAGGUUACCAGCUCUGAUUGAAUGUCCACUCCUGUGUGAGCAGAGUUUUUUUGCCUGAUUCCACUGGGGUAGCAGAGUAGGACGUGGCAAGCCGAGCUGGAAAAAUGUGUUUUAAAGACCCUACUGUUGUAAAGUGCCUCUCCCAACUCGACUUCACGUGUGAUUUCUCGUGUGUUUGGGUUGGGCUCAGGCAGGGAUGCGGGGCAAAUAUAUCUGUGCUGAAGUUGCCCUGUGUGGACUGAUGCAACAUCCAGGAUCUACCUGAAGAUGGAGACCUUCUAGAAGAGAGACAUCCUGUCGACUGUGUUAAGGACACUUUUUGUGUGGGUGUGCUCUGGGCAGUUAUUUACUGCACACUGCAGAAAUUGUUUGGCUUUGUAAUGGAUCAUGUAUAUACGGUAAAUUAUAUAUU